CCGGGACGCUAGCGCCUGCGCAGAGUGCAGCUCGCGGCGCGCGGGAAGCCGCUACCGGCGCCUAACCGUUCCCCGCCUCCUAGACGUCGGUUUCUCAGGCGGAGCCUCUGGGAGGAAGAGGAGAACCGGAGAGAAACUCUUCUGGCCCGGGACCGCGACCGGGGCGGGACCCGGGACCGAGUAGCCUUGGCGGCGGUGACAGAGACCGAGCAGCCUUUCAACUAUGGUGUCAUGACCCUACUGGUCUUACAUGGUGGGCAUUAAUGCUGGAGACAAAUUCUAGUCAGUCUUGGAAUUGUAACCGCUGUCCUCCACGCCUGAGAAACAUGCCGUUCUCUGCGUCUUCUGGGUCCUUGUUGGUCCCUGGAUCCCUAAGGAGGAGACACUCCGGCUGAGGCCUCUGUCAGCAGAACCAGAGAUGGCAUCAGUAGAUUUCAAGACCUAUGUGGACCAGGCCUGCAGAGCUGCAGAGGAAUUUGUCAAUGUCUACUACACUACUAUGGAUAAGCGGCGGCGGCUGUUAUCCCGCCUGUACAUGGGUACAGCCACUUUAGUAUGGAAUGGAAAUGCUGUUUCAGGACAAGAAUCCUUGAGUGAGUUUUUUGAGAUGUUGCCUUCCAGUGAGUUCCAAAUCAAUGUGGUGGACUGCCAGCCUGUCCAUGAUGAAGCCACGCCAAGUCAGACCACAGUUCUCGUGGUCAUCUGUGGAACAGUGAAGUUUGAGGGCAACAAACAGCGGGACUUCAACCAGAACUUCAUCUUGACUGCUCAAGCGUCACCCAGUAACACAGUGUGGAAGAUAGCAAGUGACUGCUUCCGGUUCCAGGACUGGGCCAGCUAGUGGGGUGACAGAAGCGUCUUGGCUUUAGCCCAGCUCUGCAGAGAAAUGCCAGUCUCAAUUCUCAGGAUGUGGAGAACACAAGUUCAUUUUUGUUGUCACAGCAGCACUGCAGACUGGAUGCUCCACUCCCAGAACCCCUUUCCUGGUUAUAUACUGGUUUGUCAUAGUUGCCUUUUAAAAGUAGUAAACUUUCUAUUUUUCUACUUACUCAGUAGAGACCCUGUUUCUGGAAAUUGACAAAUAAAUAUGUUACUUCUCUGCCUGA